AUGGCUGGAGCAGAGAAGAUAGACAGAUUCAAAAGGGCACUUGACUUCCCUUUUGCGUUUUCUAAUUGUUCAAAUAAAAUUUGGGUUCUAUGGAAUCCGGACUUCACCAUUGACAUUCUUGAGGACAAAGACCAGCAAGUUCUACUGAAACUACUUUACUUGAACAAUCCGAACAUUUUUUACAUCACUGUUGUCUAUGGAAAGUGUGAUGAAGCUCUUAGAAUGGAACUGUGGGAUGACCUAAGAAACACUGCUGAAAGAAUCCAAGGCCCCUGGGGGGUAGUUGGUGACUUUAAUGUGAUUACCUGUUGUGAAGAGAAACAAGGGGGGAGACCUUUUAGAAUUGAAGACUGUGUUAACUUUCUCUCUUGUCUAGCUGAUUGUGGUCUGCAGGAUGCAGGAUUCUUUGGUUCAAAUUUCACUUGGUGCGACAACAGGGAUCCUCCUAACACCAUUUGGGAGAGGCUCGAUAGGCUGGUUUACAACUCUGAAUGGUUUGAUACGUUUGGCUCAACUUUGGUUACCCACCUGUCUAGGACAGGAUCUGAUCAUGCCCCCCUUCUUAUUCAUGCUGGCACUGAGGAGAUGAAUUUUAUCAAAGGCUUGGGAGAUCAAUGCAACUGGAAUCCCCUUCAGGCUCUCCAUCAGAAGAUUAAAAAUGUUUGCUCCAAGUUAAGUGCGUGGUCGAGGAUAGCAUUCGGGGACAUCUAUGAAGAGCCCAAGAGACUUGAAAUCUUGAUUAGAAGUUUAGAGGAGGCCAUGAUCUUGGAUGCCUCUGCUGAAAUUAGAAUGCAACUUGCUAGGGCCAGAGCUGAAUUUUCCAGGUUUCUGAUUCUCCAAGACACUAUACUAAGGCAAAAGGCAAGAGUUAGGUGGCUUUCUGAAGGAGAUACCAACUCGGCUUUCUUUCAUGGGAUAAUCAAAGGGAGAAGGAAGAGGUUAAACAUCCAAAAGAUUAGAGAUGAAGAUGAUAAUCUAUUUGAAGGAACUGCUGCUAUUGCUGAAGCAGCAGUGGAUUUUUUUCAGAAGCUCUUCUCACCUGAAUCAACCACUGAUGAACCCACCUCUUUGAAUGUUAUCCAAAGCGUAGUUUCUGAUGAAGAUAAUAGAUUUUUGAUUGCCAUUCCCUCCAGAGAAGAGAUUAAGGAGAUUGUUUUCCAACUUGAUCCAGAUAGUGCCCCUGGUCCGGAUGGACUAAGUGGCAAGUUCUACCAGAGUUCAUGGCCUGUUAUUGCUGAAGAUGUUUUUCUUGCAGUUAAAGCCUUUUUUGAAGGAUCUACUCUUCCUAAGUUUUUCACCCAUACUUGCUUAGUCAUGGUUCCUAAAGUGGAAUUCCCCCAACACUUUACGGACAUAAGGCCUAUUAGUCUUUGCAAUGUGUCCUCCAAAAUCAUUUCUAAACUCCUUACUGCUAGACUAAGUGGUUUGCUUCCUAGGAUUAUCUCUCCUAAUCAAAGUGGUUUUGUGAAAGGGAGAGCAAUUUCUGAAAACAUUAUCCUUGCCCAGGAAAUUGUUAAUGAUAUUGGGAAACCAGUGGAUGGGGAAAAUGUUUUGUUGAAACUUGACAUGGCUAAGGCCUAUGAUAGGUACUCUGUGAUUGUAAAUGGUGGAAGACAUGGUUUUUUCCAAUCAGGAAGAGGUUUAAGGCAAGGGGACCCCCUCUCCCCUUCCCUUUUUGUUUUAACAGCAGAGUUACUUUCUCAAUCCCUCAACCAGUUGAACAGCAACAGGAGAUUUAUUGGCUUCACCAUGAGCAAUCAGGGGCCACAAAUUAACCACCUUGCAUUUGCAGAUGAUACCAUUUUGUUUUGCAAUGGUGGUAGAACUUCUAUAAGACUGAUGCUUAAAACCUUGGCAAAGUAUGAGGCUAUAUCAGGGCAAAAGAUCAACAAGGCAAAAUGUAGCUUCUCUGUUGCUAUCAAGACUGAUCUGGAAACCAUCAGUAGGUUGGAGACUCUCACAGGAAUGAAGUAUGAGCCACUUCCCAUUAAAUACCUUGGUUGCCCAUUAUACUCAGGGAGAAAAAAGAAUGAGUAUUUCUCUGCCAUGGUCUCCAAAGUCAUCAAUAGGGUCAGAGGUUGGCACUUGAAGUUUCUAUCAACUGGGGGGAAAGCAGUUCUCAUCAGACAUGUCCUUCUGGCCUUGAACAUUCACACUCUUGCUGCUGUUCAUCCCACUAAAGGAGCCAUUGAAGACAUUGAAAGAUACCUAGCUAGGUUCUUCUGGUCUGGGCAAGACAACAAUACUAGACAACACUGGAUAGCUUGGCAUAAGCUUUGUCUUCCCUAUGAUGAGGGUGGUGCUAAUUUUAGGAGAGUUGAUGACAUUUGCAAAGCAUUCACAGCCAAGCAAUGGUGGAAACUCAGGACUACUAACUCUUUUUUGUCUCAAUUUUGCAGGGCAAAGUAUGGUAGCAUUAAUCAUCUUAUAUUCAUGAAAUGGGUUACUGGCCAAUCCCACAGUUGGCAAGCUAUGUGUAAGAUCAAAUUUGAGGUAGAGCAACAUAUCCUGUGGAAAGUGGGAAGGGGCAAUCUAAGUUUCUGGUAUGAUAAUUGGACCAAUUUCGGUCCCCUUUGUAGUAGCCUACCUGAUGAUGCUGAAUACGACAACACUAGAGUUUGUGAAGUGCUUAGAAAUGGUGAAUGGGUCUGGGCAGUGCUCAGGAUUCCCCCUCCAGAUGCAGUCAAGAACUUGGUGAACUCUGUCCACAUUAUUCUUAACCAGGAAUUAGAUGACACAGCAGUAUGGACUCCGAGCACGAAUGGAAAAUUUUCAGUCUCCUCUGCUUGGGAGUGCUUGAGACAGAGAAAUGAGGUUACAGCUUUUGACAAGAGCAUCUGGCACAAGGAUGUGCCCUUCAAGAAGACCUUUAUGACAUGGAGAGCAGCCCACAACAGGGUGGCAACAGUUGACAACAUUGGAAAAUUUGGAAUUGACUUGAGUACUACUUGCUUUUGUUGUCCUGAACCUUCCAUGACCCCCGGAGAGGAAGAUUGUGAGCAUUUGUUUUAUAGGGGUCAAUUUGCCCAAAAACUGUGGAGUAUAUUUGCUGGUAGGAUAGGGAUCCCUUUUACCGGUUUGAAUCUAAGAACUAUGCUCUCCUACUGCUGGAAAUUUAAGAACAAAAACUCAAUAGCUUCGUAUGUGUGCAAGAUCAUGGCUCCUAUCAUCAUUUGGGAGUUAUGGAGGUCGAGAUGUGCUAGCAAGUUUGGCAAUGAAAAACCUGCAGUUCUGAGGUCUAAAAGUUUAAUUACUUUUAACAUUGUGCAAAUUAUGAAAGCUCAUUUCAAAGGGGUUGCAGUGGGGAACACUUGGGAGGACAUUUGCAAGUUGUUUGACCUCAAACUAGUGGAAUUAUGCUACAAAAGAGUGAUAUGGAUGAAGCCACCUAUCCCUUUUGUCAAAGUCAACAGUGAUGGAAGCUGCAUAAAUAGCAAUUGUGGAGGAGGAGGAGUAGUGAGGUACUAUACUGGAAAAACUUUGAUGGCAUACAGCCUUCCACUUGGCCAAGGAAAUAGCAACUGGGCGGAGGCUCAUGCUUUGUUGUUUGGACUGCAAUGGUGUAUAGAGCAGGGUAUGUCGUUCAUUAUGGGAGAAACUGACUCUUUACUCAUACAAAAGUGCACUCAAGGAGACUGGACAGUUCCAUGGAGAAUUUCUGAAACAAUCUCAAAGAUCCAAACGUUGAUUCAAGGGAGAGGAAUUACCAUCCAACAUUGCUUUCGGGAAGCCAAUCAAGUUGCGGACAAGUUAGCUUCUUUAAGUCACCAUCUGCAAGAGACACACAUCUACACUAGUUUUGAUAUAAUGCCAAGACAAAUCAAAGGUUUACUUAACGUCGAUAGAUGGCAACUUCCAACCUUUCGAGCCAGGGGAAAAAGACCGGGUGUGCUUACCUUGGAGCCACCAUGA